AUGUCCUCCUCCAAUGACGUUUCCUCCGCCGGCAUUACCACGGACGCUAAGACCGGCGAGCGCUACAUCCCAUCCUCCGUCCGACCCGAUGGUUCCAAGCGUCGCGAAAUCCGCGUUCGCCCAGGCUACAAGCCCCCAGAGGAUAUCGAGCUGUACCGCAACCGCGCCGCAGCGGCGUGGAAAAAUCGCGGCAAAGGUGGGGUUCCUGGCGCGGAAACGAUGAGCAGCGAAGACGACAAGUCUGCUGCCCAAGCGGCCAGCACGGCAGCCAGCAAUAAAAAUGCUAAGCGCCGCGAGGCUAGACGCAAGGCGAAGGAGUCGGAUGGAACGGAAGGGACUACUACCGAGAAGAAGGGCGCCGAUUCGGAUAACUGGCGCGUGCCCGCUGUGAAGAAGGAUGCGGAACCGGCCGAGCCAGCCAUUGACCUGGAGGCCGAGAAGGAGAAGAAGGCCCGCAAUCUGAAGAAGAAGCUGCGACAGGCGCGGGACUUGCGCGACAAGAAGAAUGAAGGCGAGGCGCUCCUUCCGGAACAGUUGGACAAGCUGAUCAAGAUUCCGGAGCUAAUUCGUCAGUUGGAUGCGCUGGGAUUCGAUUCCAAUGGCGAGAAGAAGGACGAUGCCAGCCCGGAGAACGCCUGA